GAAUGCCCCGGACUAGCCCCGCCUUUCCGGGAGCAGCCUGCCGCUCGCCGAGCUCAACCAAUGUAUUUUCCGAACACGCCAUUUUCCAUCGACCAACUGAAGAGCAGCCCAGUCGGAGGAGCACAGAAAGCCUGAGCUCUGAAUUUUUGCAAACACGGAUUCCGCCAUGCACCGUGACUGUCCUCUGGACUGCAAAGUCUAUGUCGGAAAUUUGGGCAACAAUGGAAACAAGACUGAGCUAGAGAGGUCGUUCGGCUACUAUGGCCCUCUCCGUAGUGUUUGGGUGGCCAGGAACCCCCCAGGCUUUGCCUUUGUGGAGUUUGAAGAUCCUAGAGAUGCCACUGAUGCAGUGCGUGAGCUGGAUGGAAGGACAUUGUGUGGGUGCCGUGUACGAGUAGAGCUGUCAAAUGGUGAGAAACGUAGCCGUACCCGUGGUGCCCCUCCUUCUUGGAGCAGACGUCCCAGAGAUCGAGAUGACAACAGGCGUCGCAGUCCACAACAGAGGCGAAGAUCCCCACGUAGGAGGAGCUUCAGCCGCAGUCGUAGCAGGUCUUUCUCCAGAGACAGGAGGAGGGAGAGGUCCCUCUCCAGGGACAGGAACCACAAGCCUUCAAGAUCUUUCUCCCGAUCACGGAGCCGCUCCAGGUCCAAUGACCGGAAAUAAAGGAACAUGUGAAGGUGUAAAGGGAGCUAAAAAUGAACGGUUGUAUAGGCUAUGCCGUUUCUUAAUGGACUUCAACUUUGUUCAUUUUUGUGUUGGGUUUUUUAAAAACAAUCAAGCAUUUUAGUGUCCCUACUGUUUUGCUGUUAUUGUGAUUUUCAAAUACUUUUUAGUGGGUGUGGACGGGAGUGACCCCUCACAGAAAUUGUUUGUCUCCUUUGUCCCAAAACAGCUGUACCACCUAGCAUUCCACUUCAUCAGUAACUCUUGAUACCUUUUGGGUUUUUGAAUGUACUGUGUAGUUCGACAUAGUGUUAGUAGUUCUUCAUUUUCAUUGUGUAAACACCAGCAUUUUUUUAUUUUUUCAAGGAAGGACUGGGACGAUGUGUAAUUGCGUCCCCGUUUGUUUGUCUCUAAAGCCAAUUUAUUAUCAGCGUGCGACUUUCUUCAUACUGAAGGUUUUCAUCUGUUAAUGGAGAUGCAAAAUGAUGGCAUAGGUUUAUUAAAAAACAGGUGUUAUUAACACAUGUCUACUUUUGGUCAAUGCCGUUUUCCAUUAUUUUAUUGUUUCAUACUCAGUGAAACGGUCUCAAUAAAAAAUACUGGUUGUUAAAGAUUGCUUUUCCUUUUGACCUCAUAUGAUUUAUAUACAAAUCUAUUGUUUUACUCUGACAUCUAUCCAGUUUAUUUUCCACAAGAGAGCACUCCCAUAGCAUCACUCAAGUAUCUACCAAGGACUAUUAGUCUGGGUCAGUGUAACUUAAAACUAACAACUUCAAUUUGUGUUAUUAUCGUUGCUUGUUGCCGUAUGUCUGGGUUUGCUGGGUUUCAGUAGUGCUGUUUGCCUCUUUAUUUACUAAUUUUACUAAUGAUAAUUGAAAUUCCAUUUGUCUCCUUAGUUCAUUGUAAGUCACUUGGAGGGUGAGUUGAGAUUUUUUCCGGAUAUACUGGAAUAACUUGUGUUAAAAUAUUUGAAAUUACUCACUGUGGUGAUCAUUGUGAUUAUGGUAAUUUCUUAGAAUGAACUCAACACCAGGUCUAGAUAACAACAUUCAUUUUGUGUUGUACCCAAAAUAAAGACUUUUUUUAUUCAGACUUUCA